AUGAAGGAAGCUGCUAAAACGGCAACAAAAAAGGCCGUUCAAAAAGCUGCUACUAAAACUGGUGAAUAUGCAGGCGAAAAAGCCGGUGAUAAAAUUAUUCAAUUAUUAAGCAAAAAGAAUAAAAAGACACCGGUAGCAGCAUCACCAGUAGCAGCGUUACCAAUAGAAAAUCCACAAUCAAGAGAGCUAAGCGAUUACGAGAUUAAUGAGAGGGUGAAUCAAUUAUUAUCAGGGGGAGGGGGUCAGAUGAGAAGAUUUAUGUAAUCUAUUAAUAUAUGAAAUCAUUUAGAGAUCCAAACUAUGUUGAACGAUAUGAAGAUGUUAUUUUUGACCUAGAAACAGCACUAAAUACAACUGUCGCCAAUAAUGCUCACCAAAAGAAAGAUGGCUACAGAUUUGUUGUUGAUAACAGUGGUAGGGUUACACCAUUUGACUGGUAUAAUGCUCGUAUCAGUCUUGAUUUUAACGUGGUCUUGCUGGCUAAUGGUGGCAACAUUGCAGUAGCAGAUCAUAGUGGUAUUGUAAACGGGUCGUACUCACUGUUGAAACAUUUUGAUAUUAAGAUCAAUGGUAAGAAAGUGUAUGAUUGCAAUGACGCGAAUCACGCGGUUAAUAUUAAGAACUUACUUGAGUACAGUCCAUCUUACGCUGAUAAGACAGCUAGUAAUGAGUUUUUCUAUCUUGAUACAUCCAGAAAUGCAGAAGAGCGGGAAUUUGAAGUUAGUAGCACAAAUCAUUUAGCCAAAAGAAGAGCAGCUUACCAUAAGGGUUUUGCCCUUCGAAAAGAACUUUUGGGAGUCUCAUCGACAGUAAAUACAGAAAUACCACUGAAUAGAUACUCGUUUUUCGAAAUGUUAGAAGAUGAGCUGUUACCUAAUACAAGAGUUGAGAUGAAUUUUGAGAUUGAGUCAGAUGGUAAUCUAAUUUGGCAAGCCGGGGCUGAUUGCAGAGUGGUUAUCACUAGGAUGCAAUUAUAUGUCCCACGAAUAACCUUUAACAGUGAAGGACAAUCAUCCUACAUGAGUCAAUACCUUAAAAAUCAUUAG